AUGCCAGGCUACGCUCUAAGUCGUUAUUAUGAUAUGUCAAAUGAAGCUAAUGAUUUAUCAAGCUAUGAAAUACAAAUGAAAGAUGGAUUCGACGAUGAAGGCAUGAAAACACAAAAAAUGCUUGAGGACAAUCCAGUUGAUGUCAACAUGGAAAGAUCAUCAGAUGAUGAGGAUGAAUUCGACAUUGAAAAUUUCAUGGAUGUUAGUGAGACGACAAUUGAUGAACAUGAAUAUAAUUUGAUGAAGGACAACGAGAGGUAG